GUAUUUUCACCAACCGUUUAAAUACCAUUUCCAUUAUUUUUGGUUUCAGAAAGUCAAUAGAAGAAAGCGAAAAAGUUGAAGUAAAUAAUGCAAGUUGUGAAACUUCGAGUAACAAAUUAAAAAAUGAUUCAAAUUCCAACAACUCAAAGGCAGGGAUUCGGAGAUUGUCGAAGUCCCGAACUUUAUCGGACGUGGAGACACGGAAAAAUUCACACAGACGCCAAAGCAGUUCUAGUUCCAUGAAAAAUUCGUCGAAAGCUCAGCAAGAAACCGUUGCACUAAAUCCAUGUUUGUGUAAUCAAAAAAGGAGCUCCAAGGAUCAGGAGAAAAUUACGGGGUAA